CGGGAACACAUUGCUCUGACGUGUUGUGUUGCGAUGUGUUGUGAUGCGUUAUGAUGUGAAUCAUACUGCUUAUUUUGCGUGUAUUUAAAUGAGCAGUGUGCACAUUCAUCUGAUGCGGUUCGUUCUGACGCGUUCUGACCUGUCGUGUCGCGAUAAAAUGCGGGUGAACCAGAUUUUUGUUUGACACCGUCAGAGCGUCAGAACGUUUUCGGCCGUAGGUUGUAGCGCGAUGGCCGCGAUGGUGAACGAAAUUGAACUAAUUGAAAAUGUAAGAAAUCAUGAAUGUUUAUUUAACGUCAAGUCAAGACACUACCGAAAUCAAAGUAUGAGACAAGAAGCAUGGGAGGAGAUAGCAAAGGAAAUUAAUAGCCCAUUGCCAUCGGUUCGAGAGACUUGGACUAAAUUGAGAAACGCAUUCCUAAACGCAAAAAAGCGAAGGCAGACCAAGAGUGGACAAGAGACAACAAAAGUGGUUCCCUGGAAGUAUGAACAAGAAAUGUCGUUUUUAAUACCACAUCUAGAGUGUCGCCAAACUAAAAGCAAUCUAGAAUCACAAAAAGAUCAACCAAAUGUAAUUGAUGACGAGAGCACUGGCAGUGACGAUGUUAUUAAUAAUACGCUCCAAGAAAGUAUCACCUUGAAUGCAGACAAUUUGACACAGACACAACAUUCAAGCACUGACACACCAGUUAUCAGUACCCCGAUCCAUCCAAAAUAUUCGCAAAAAAAAGCCCGUUUAUCCAGCAAAGAUAUAUCUCUGAAUCCAACAGAGGAAAUGGUGCGUAUCAUGAAACAAAACGCCGAGGCACGAAAUGAGAGACGCAAUAAGAUAAAUUCAGAUUCUCCUUCCUCUAAUUUGGAUGAGGUAGACAUGUUUUACCUUAGUAUGGCCAAAACAGUGAAACGCUUACCACAAAGGGAACAGGCAUAUAUUAGAAUGGAGUUUUGCCGAAUGGUAUCUGAAGCAGAAAUCAGGAAUUUGGAUGCAAAAAGCCUUCCCGUCUCGGUGACAAUCUCCACAGAUAAUCAGUCAACGUCAACAUCAUCUCUGCAAUCCACUCCUUUGCAUAGUCCAACUGAUUUAUCAACUCAAUACAACAACUGUCCGUCAUCUGGUACGAGUACUUCCUACGUGCAACUUACUCCUUUGCGAAAUCCAACUAAUUUAUCAACUCAGAGCAGCUGUCCACAAUCUGGUACGAGUACUUCCUACUCUCCAUCGCUGUAUGAACACGGAUUUACCCCAUUUAUGUAAAAUAUUACUAAAAUAUUACUUAUUUAGAAAUAAAAGUUAUUUACCUUAAAAAUACAGCUAAUCUUUCUCUUGUACAGAUCGCUCUUCGAAAAGUGGUAUCAAUUUUUUUUAUUCUUUCUUCAAUUUUUCCAUGUAAACUUUCAAAUUGAUCCCUGGACAUCCUAAAGUACAUAUGGAAGCGAUUUGCAUCUUUAAUAAGUAGAUUCACUAAAGUAUGAUAUUCGCCAAAUGAUUCUCUAUUUUCGUUUAUUUCGUGAAUCCAAAUUUUUUUUUUCUUAGGUUUUGUAGAACAAAUAAUAGCAACAGCACAUUCUUCAAUUUCUUCAUCAAAUUCAUCUGAUGAGCUUGAAUUCAUGGUGAACAAACGCAAACAACACACCGCUAUACUGUCACUGCAUCAAUUAAAUAUAAAAUAUUAACGUCUGACAUUGGUCAGACCUAAUAUGAUGCAUCAGAACAAUCUGUUUACAACCCGUCACAUCAUAAUGCAUCACAACACAUCGCAACACAACACGUCAGAGCAAUGUGUUCCCGGCUUAUUGGUAAAACCGACAACCCGAUCGGACGCCAAAGAAUUCUUUUACCCCAAGAGGCGGGGCAUAAACGCUGCGCGACUAGAUCGACGCAAACCUUUUCUCAUAAGAAAGUUGUAGAGCUGUUUUGUAGUUAAGCUGUGCAUAUGGCAUCCGGGAAGAGGGAGACUUUUUUGUUUGCUUUGAAUUUAGUGGUGGAUAUCAGUGCUUCGCGUAGAUAGUACAUGACAAUUAUUUACGAGACGAGACCGACUAUAAUUUAUUAUUUAUGUAUCUCGUGUUUGAAGAUGAAGAGAUUGUUUAUUGUUUACGGUUCCGAGUUCCGGCGUACAUUAUUCUUUGUGUUGUGUGUUUUUUUUUGCCCAAUUUUUUUAUUGCUUAGCAAUGUAUGCUUGCUGCGUUCCAAACUAUUCUUUUAAGAACAAACCAUUUCACGGAUUCCCUCAGGAUUCACAGGAAAGGAAAAGUAACAUAACUUAAAAUGUAGUUUUAUGUACAGAGAUCAGUGGCGGCUUGUGAGUUUUUGGAAAGGGGAGGCUAAAGGAUAAGUGCAGAUAGAAAGGCCGCCAAAAAAGGCCACGCCCACUUUAUAUCCAAUUCUCAUUAAAAGUUAGUCUUGAAAAUCGUUUUACAAGUCGUGUUCGAUUUUACUUUUAAUAUUGCCUAUUUUAGGUAUCCUAAUGUAAUAAUAAUUAUAUAUACAUAAUUAAUAUUGUUAAAUAUUUAAUUAUUAGGUACUUUUUAUAUAUUAUUUUUGAAAUAUUUUUUUUAAAAACAAGAAAUAUAAUAAACUCUUCUCAGUCAACAAUUCAUACUUUUUUUGGCUCAUACAAAAUUAGCAGAUUUCAAAAAAAUAGUUAUAUUUAAUAUUGGACCUAAAAGUAUAUUUUAUUGUCCAGCAAGAAGCAGCGCGGAGGUGAGAGUUAAUUCUUCCCAGGAAUAGGAAGGGAUAAGGAAAUAGGGCUAUGGUUUAUGAAAUAAACAAAAAUAAGGUAUAUAUUAU